UAUCCACACACCCAUCCAUCCAUCCAUGUGUCUAUAUAUCUGCUCAUCCAUUCAUCCAUCCAUCCACUCAUUCCUAAGCCACUGCUGAGCACCUACCUGUUGUAUGCCUUUUCCCUCCCUCCAAAUGGUUCCUUCAUAUCCUCCCCCAGUAGCCAGCAUCUUCUCCCUGAGGGCAGAGGCGUGGCCCCUCACAGUGCCCAGCUGGUAUACAGCACAUGCUCAAAUAAUGUGGCCACUCAGUUAACACACAGAAGAACUUGCUCCAAGCGACACGUGGCACAUCUCCUUACAAAAUGCAUCUAUCAUAGCAGCUGUUUUCAGAGGCUUUCCCAAACACAGUGUGAUCUGGAACAAACUGUGAAGCCCACGAGCCUGGUGAAGCUUUCAUUAUUGAGCACCUGCUGUAUACCUCCUUGAGCUGAGGAGAGGGAUCAAGAGCUCAUGGCCAAGAGGGGACCAGGCCUACCCACAAACACUGUUGAUGUGCGGCCCUGAGCUGUGGCAGGGAUGUGGCAACGCAGAAGGGAGCCAGGGGAUGGGCUCCCAGCAAUCUGGGGGCCAUGGAGACUGGUUUGAGUACAGGGGGAGUGGGCUAGGGCUAGCCCUGGUGGUAGGAUUCACAGGUGUUAGGCUCCUGGGCUGCAGCUGCUCAGUCACCUCCUGGCACUCAGGUGCAUCAGUUCAUUGUCCUCAUGCUAGUGAUGGGGGCAGCCCUAAUGCACAGGGUCUGAAAAAUGCUCAGGUGUACCUGCAGUGUGUGAGAGGAAGGAGGCUGGCGAAGGUAGGUGUGGCCACCUCGCCAGGUGUGGGUCUUGAGGGAACUUCUGCUUCCUUUCAGGUGGCACAGAAUGUGGCCCUGUACACAGGCGACCCCAACCUGGAGCUGGAGCUGUUUGAGGCAGCUGGAGACAUCUUCUUCAAUGGGGCCUGGGAGCAGGAGAAAGCCGUGUCCUUCUACCGGGACCAGGCCCUGCCCCUGGCAGUGACUACGGGCAACCGCAAGGCGGAGCUGCGGCUGUGCAACAAACUGGUGGCACUGCUGUCCACGCUGGAGGAGCCCCAGGAGGGCUUGGAGGUUGCCCACAUGGCCCUAGCACUCAGCAUCACUCUGGGGGACCGGCUAAACGAGCGCGUGGCCUACCACCGGCUGGCCGCCCUGCACCACCGGCUGGGCCAUGGCAAGCUGGCGGAGCACUUCUACCUCAAGGCCGUUUAUCGCUCUGCAACUCGCCGCUGGAGUUCGACGAGGAGACCCUCUACUACGUGAAGGUGUAGCUGGUGCUCGGUGACAUCAUCUUCUACGACCUGAUGGUGGGUGGGGAGGGGCAGGGCUUGGGGUGUUCCCGGCCCCCUUGGAGUGGGAUCUCCACCCAGACCCCAGAGGCCUGGGUUCCAGCCUUUCUUAGGAAUGGCCCAGUGGCCUCCCUGGAGCUCUGCACCCAGCUGGAGGAGCCGGCAAGGUUCGCAGAUACAACCCAGCUCCCAAGCUGGCCAGGCCCCACCCUCAAGAACUCAGUCUCAGCCAGGGAGGCUGACACAUGAGUGGGCAAUGGUGGCCUCUGGGUAAAGAAGGGGGAUUGUAGUCAGGGGGGCUCUCCUGGAGGAGGUGACACCAAAGCUGAGUCUUGACAGCUAAGUGUCAAGUUGCAUUUAACAAAAAAAACAGUCAGGAGAAGGACAUUUCUGAAGACAGCAUCAUCCUCACAUUGAAUCCACAUUGCAAGAUCCAACCCAAAUCCCGGCGCCUCCUCUAGGAAGCCUGCCCAGGAUGCCAGCCCGCACUGAGCAACUCCUUCCUGGAGUCCCGAGACACCUUGAAUCUUCACAUCACCCAGGAAGGGUGGGGUAGGGCCGGUGUCUUACCAUCUGCUUCACAGACAGGGAAACCCCAGCUCAGGGCAGGUGCAGUGGGGCCGGGUCCCAGCCAGCCAGACUGAGGCCUUGCUGGGUCAGGUCUGUCUGGAGGGGAGGUGCUGGGACCAGUGCUCCCUCUGUCCCCAGCCCUGCAGGGCUGGAGAGCUGGGACUGGCAGACUCUGACCUGGGGUGUCUCCACCCCUCUGCCCAGCAGGCGCCCGCCCCUCCUAGCAUCACACCGGCACCGUGUCAGUGCUCCUUAUGGGCUGAGGGGCCAGGGCGCUCCAGUCCAGGGACCGAGAUCUUGGGGGCCUUAGAACAACAUGAGGAGCUGGGGCAGCCCUAAGACCCCGCCCCAUAUCCCCCACCGCAGGCCUGGUGCUACCUGGGAGGCCCCGCCCAGUGCUGGCGACACCUGGUGGUCAGAAGCGGUCCCUGUGGCCUCCCAAGUCCCAGCCAGACAGGGAGGUGCCAGGUGUCAGGCCCAGAGGGACGCUGCUCACCGCUCAGGGGCUCACCUGUGACCCAGGGGACGGGCCUCCCAGAAGAGGCCUUUAUCUCUCUUGGUCAAGCCUGCCGCCCACUCCGCCUGCCCAGGAGCAAGGAAAGGGCCAGGUAGUACCUGAGAGGCCAAAGUCCACGGUUGGGGUCGAGGGGCAGAGGCCUCCUUCACCGCCUUCCCAUGCACAGCCCUCUGGGCCUCAUCGUGACUAUGCUGUCAGCACAGGCCAGCUUCCCACAGGAGGUCCCCUCAGAAUUCCCCAGGGGGAAUAUUGGGCAUAGUGUCCCAGGGGGGUGUACACCUUCUUUGAUAUUGGGAGCAAUAUCAUCCUCUCCCCUCAGGAUUGCAGGCAAAAUAUCGAAGGGGUUCUACAACUCGUGUGAUAUGGGCAGUAAUAUCAUCCUCUCCCCACCUAGAUGUUAGGAACUAUAUCACAGGCGGCUGUACACUUCUUGCGAUAUUGGGAUUCUUAUCAUCCUCUCCCAUCAUGGAUAUUAAGAAAAAUAUUACAAAGGAGGUGUACACCCCCUGUGAUAUUGAGAGUAAUAUUAUGUUCUCCCCUUCAGCAUAUUAGGAACAAUAUGGCAGGAGGUGUGUACAACCCCUGCGAUGUUGGGUGUAAUAUCAUCCUCUCCCCCUUGAAUAGAAGAAACAAUAUCACAGGAGGAUGUACACCCCCUAUGAUAUUGGGAGUCAUAUCAUUUUCUCUCCCUCUGGAUAUUCGGAACAAUAUCACCGUGGGUGUGUACACCCCCUGCGAUAUUGCAACUGCUAUCAUCGUCUCCCUCCCAGGAUAUAAGGAACAAUAUCACAACGGGGUGUAUACCCCCUAUGAUAUCGGGGGUAAUAUCUUCCUCUCCCCCGCUGGCUAUUGGGAACAAUGUCACAGAAGGGGUGUACACCUCCUGCUUUAUUGGGAGUGAUAUCCUCCUCUCCGUCCCCAGAUAUUAGGAACAAUAUCACCAGGGAGUGUACACCUCCUGCAAUAUUGAGACUGAUAUCAUCCUCUCGCCCCCUGAAUAUUAGGAACAGUAUCACAGGGGUGGUAUACACCACCUGCGAAAUUGGAAGAAAUAUCAUCCUCUCCUCCUUUGGAUGUUAGGGACAAUAUCACGGGGGAGGUAUACGCCCCCUGCGAUAUUGGGAGUCACAUCAUCCUCUCCCACCCACGAUACAAGGAACAAGAUGACCGAAAGGAUGUACAUCCACUGGGAUAGUUUCAAUAUUGUCAUCCUCUACCCCCUGGCUAUUAGAAAUAACAUAAUAGAGGAGUGUACACUUUCUUCGAUAUUGGGAGUAAUAUCAUUCCCUCCUCGCCAGAUAUCAGGAACAAGUCUAUUAAUUAUUAAUAUUAAUAAAUAUAAUAAAAAUUAAUAGUAAUCAUCGAUAUUAAUAAUCACAAUGAAGAUAGUAAAAAGUAACAUUGGUUAAAAUGUUAAACAUAAGUAUUAAUAGUUAAUAAUAAUAUCACUAUUAAUGAAAUACUAAUAUCA